UUCCACUGUUCUAACGCUGGUUCUAACACAUUACCGUUCAAUAAUUUUAUUAAUUGUAGCAAUAUAUCGAAACUAAGUCUGCGUCAAUGUUAUAAGACGAACAUUAUCAUGAGUGGCGUCCCGGAUAACGCGCCACAGCAUUGCCCCGGCACCGGCAGUGAGGAUGCCGGUAAAGUUUCGGCGUGCGCCGGAUGUCCCAACCAAAACAUCUGCGCAUCUGGUGCAGCGUCAGCGCCUGAUCCAGCUAUAGAAAUAAUCAAGGAGCGUCUCUCUAAAGUAAAAUACAAGAUCCUUAUCCUCUCCGGCAAGGGAGGGGUUGGGAAGAGCACAGUCACUUCCCUGCUUGGACAUGCUUUGGCUGCCAGAAACCCGGACAUUAAUGUGGGAAUUCUGGACGCGGACAUCUGCGGGCCGUCGCAGCCCCGCGUCCUCGGCGUGAGCGGCGAGCAGGUCCACAACUCGGGCUCCGGCUGGUCGCCUGUGUAUGUAACGGACAAUCUGUCUCUGAUGUCCAUCGGCUUCCUACUGGGUAGCCCCGACGACGCAGUGAUUUGGAGAGGACCAAAGAAGAAUGGUAUGAUCAAGCAGUUCCUCAGCGAGGUAGAUUGGGGAGAACUCGAUUACCUAUUAAUUGAUACACCUCCCGGUACAUCAGACGAGCACCUAUCCGCCGUGCAAUACCUGACCGGCGCGGGUUUGACCGGCGCCCUAGUAGUGACCACGCCGCAAGAAACCGCGCUUCUCGACGUGCGUAAAGAGCUGCAGUUUUGUAAGAAACUGAACGCGAGAGUGCUCGGUGUGGUGGAGAAUAUGUCGUUGUUCAUAUGUCCCAAUUGCAAGACACGCAGCGAGAUCUUUCCAGCGACAACCGGAGGCGCAGCACAAAUGUGCCUCGAGCAAGCAGUACCCCUACUGGGCGCUUUGCCGUUAGACCCCGUGCUGGCGCGCUGCUGCGACGACGGACGCGACUUCGUAGCUGAGCUGCCCGGCUCGCCGGCCGUCACCGCGCUAAUGGGCAUUGUUGACAAAAUUGUAGCCGCGUGCGAAAGUAGUUCUAGUUAAUAAGCGAUGCUUUAUUGUUAUACUUUAUAUAAUUUAUAUAAUUCUGUCUGCUAUAGUCCGUUUUUUUUAGCAUUAGAAAGAACUUCGCUUGUGUUUCUAAAUCUGGCACUUUUAGCGGUAACAAUUUGAAGUAAAUUAUAUGUAUUGACCAUGCUACAUUAGAUAAUUCAAUAAUUAUUAACAAUAAACGAGCCUGAUAAAAACUGCACGCUUGCUUCUGCGGAGUUCUUUCUAAUGCUAAAAAAAACGAACUAUAGUCCAGCUCACAAUGUAUUUCACUUUAAUAACUGAAGCUGAAGCUAAGGCACAAAAUAUGUGUGUUCAGAUCAUUAUGUAUUCGUUAUAAAUAAAUGUUAUUUUUUUUA